CAGAAAAAUAGAAGAAGAGAACACCUCCCUUCUGUCUCAGUUUUCUUUUAAAACUAUUGCUAAUGUUUCAAACUCUAAACGGUGAUUUCCGAAAGUUAAUCGUAAAUCCACUCCGUAUUCAUAUGCGAAACAUGGGCAGUUUAAGCAGCGAAAACCGCUCCAUUCAUUCAGACAACAUCCAUGACGUCCAUAAUAUCCCGAUGGAUGUUAUUAUACGACCCAUUCCGCCUGUUCUGGACGAGCAGAAGGUCCAAAGCCUCAUGACGAGCAUACAGGAAUGCUCAGAUAUCUCUGUUGUUCCUCCGAUAGACGUGCUUUGGAUCACUGGAGAAAAAGGGGGCAAUUAUUAUUAUUCUUUCGGAGGUUGCCAUCGAUUUGCUGCCUAUCAGAGGUUAAAGAUGAAAUCCAUACCUGCCAAGAUCAUCAAAUCUAACAUUUCAGACCUGCGCACUUACCUGGGAGCAUCAACGCCAAAUCUACAGUGACAUUACUGUGACUUUUCUUUUUUGAACCCAUUAUUUGAAUCAUCCAAAACUGUAAAUGACAUUUUUGACACUAUUUAUAUUCCUUUGUCAACUUUUGCUUGGUUACUGUGGGAUUUUCCCAAGUCACAAUGACUAAACAAUCUCAUUUUGUGUCCGUUUUUAUCAUGACCAGUAGAUGGCAGCAUUAAAUAGCACUUUUUCCCCUUUUUUUUCUGAACCAGUCAUUAAACUUUAUUCUGGAGGGUUUAUGUCCUGCAGAGUUUAGUUCCAACCCCAAAUAAACACACAUGAACCAUCAAAUAAAGCUCUUACUUGGCAUACUAGAAAUGUCCUGGCAGAUGUGUCGAGGCAAGUUGGAGCUGAACUCUUUUGCACAUCAUCCCCCCAGGACGAUUUUAAGCACCCCUGGUCUAAACACUUUAGAUUGAACUAAUAGGCCAAUUAAUUUGAAAUGUAUUCAUCAACACAAUAGUUUGUUUUCACAAUGUUUUCAGUUCUUUGGUUUCUGUUAAUA